CUCACAAGGAGAAAAGCGGACUUGUGCUUCUACUAACCCUCUCAAAUCAUCAUCUAGAUCUAACUGCUUAUUCAAAGGAGAAAACUCAUUGGAAUGAAAAGGACAGCUUCAGCUUCUGCUCCUGCUUGCUCCCCUCCUCCUCAGGACCCUUCUUCUCUGGGUCUCAGCUGUUGCAUUUAUGAAAACAAGACACUCGAUUAUGUUCAACUCAUCGUUGUCCAAGCUCUGUCGGAAACCUCAUAAUUCCAGCACGGCUUACAUCGACCCAACAACUUCUGCUACGAGGCUUGAAGGAUGAUUGCACUUUAAAGGUGUGUGCGUUGUGUAUUGUGUCAGUUGAGCUGGGGUUGGUGGACAAUUGAUCACCAUGAUUGGCUUGCAAACAACAAGUUGCCAUUCUAAACAUGAGUCAUACGGCUGUCCAAGGGGAGCAGGCUGAUUGGGUUAUUCAAUGCCCUGGUCCUGCUGUGGUUAAAUCUGAAAUGGAAGGGGUCUAAGUGUCAGUGCUGAUUCUGUUUUGCCUGUUGAACAUUACAGGUAAUGACAUUUUUGCUUGGACACAGUGUGUCACUUGGUCACUGAGAUCUUUUUAAAGGUAGAAGAGGGGGGGUCAACUAAGAAAGACCUUUGAUGUUAACCCUGGGUUUUACACAUAAGAGACAAAAUUCUUAAAACCUCCCAAAACACCUUACUUCUAACUCCGCUUCUUACUAUUAAGCCCCAAACCAAAGUUUCAUUUAUUUCAAUUAGUAUUUUGUUUGCGUGUGUGUGUUGUUCUUUGUGCUACUGACACUGAUUUCAAGUGGGAUAGGGUUUGAUGCAUAUUAUUAUUAUAUACGGGGGUCUUUUCUUGCUGCUGCUCCCAGUGUUUCAUUUCUUUUGAGGGUUUUCGCUAAUGCUAGCUACUCCACGACACAGGUAUUGUUAUAAGCUAGUUUGAAUAUCAGGUGAAACCAAGUUAGAGAUUUUAUUUUUGAGAGACUGAAUCAUUGCAGUUCGUUGCAUAAUGGUAUUCUGUGCCCAUGCUGAUUCGGCCAAGCCAACCUUUUUGCGUAUUUAUUUUUGUUUUUUAGACAUUUUUUAAGACAAAUUCAAAUACAUUUUUACUAAUUAUAUGUUAAAAUUGUUAUUGUUAUGGCAGCUUAUUCAAAUCAUAUAAUGGUGAUAAUGCCUCAGACCCACUGCAAAUUAAUUUCAGAUGAACUGAAUAGUUUUAUUUUGGAGGUUGAAGGAGCUGUAUAGUUUUCUCAUUUUUCUCCCACCGUCUUUCUUCUAUCACCCUUGGGUAUUGAGAUUGCAAUGAAUUGCUGCCAACUGUAUUGCUGUUAAAGGUGAGUUCCCUGAACAUAAAACCAGGAAAGUCUAUGAACAGCUUUAACCACAACCACUCUACCAUAUAUAAAGGGUGGCUGUAGCUCAGGAGGUAGAGCAGGUCAUCUACUGAUUGGAAGGUUGGUGGUUUGAUCCCUGUUUCCUUCAGUCUCCAAAUAUCCUUGGGGCAAGAUACUAACUAUGCAUCCAUUGAAGUAUGAAGGUGUGAAUAGUGGAUAGAAAGAAUAAAAGAAAGUGUGAACUGGUGAAUGUGGCAUGUUGUAUUAAGUGCUUUGAGUUCUCUGGGAGAGCAGGAAAGCGCUAUAUAAGAAUCAGUCCAUUUACCAAUACAGCUGUAGGUUAGAUGCAAAAUUAAGGCUUUUCAAUGUAAUUAAUAAAAUUAUAUAUUUUAAUUUAUUUAUGUUUUAAAAUGUUUUUAUUGUACUUUAUUUUAUAAAUCUUUAAGCUUUAAGCUCUCACUGCUGUCUUAUCCUUGGGCCAGAAAAGAUUAGGUGCUUAUGUUAUACAGCUAUAAUGUAUCUGAAUCAAGAGGAUGAUAACGAUGCUGAAGGUGCAUGCAUCUGGGAAUAAGUGUUGCAAUAUUGUAUUUGCUUUUUACCCCCCUCACACUUACAUGGAUAUAUGAUGGGUGAGAGAGGAGGAGGAAGACAUGAAGCUUGAACGAGGAGGGAGGGAGGAGAGUGACGGUGAUGGGGGGGUGUCGUUGAUUGUUUCUCAUAUUUCAAGAGUGGUCCCGCAGACAGAUCACCAUACAAACCCACAGGGUGCUCGGGGCUCUGUGUGUCUGUCAGUGGAGCCAAGGAGGGUGGGAGGGCUUUCUAUAACUCAUAGAUUGCCAGUUCCUCAUUUUUUUCUCUCUUAAUUAUAUCUAAUAUUUUCCUCUUAAUCUUAAAAAGCUUUUCCCCCCUUCUGUUUGUCUCUUGCUUUGAGUCUAACUUAUCAAGGAAGGUCUGCGUAAAUAUGAUCAGCAUCAGUUUACAGCACACUAGAGAACAUCAGCACUGGAAUUAAAUCCAAACUGACAUCGGGGUUCAGCUAUUAUUUCUAAAAGACUCGUCAGCUUUACCUACCGAGAUUUCACCUAUUACCAUUUUACACCGUGAUGUCCUCAGUUGUAGCCCCAGAAAAACCCACCUCCAACACGAUGGGUCCAAAAGAGGUGGAGCUGAUACUUGUAAAGGAACAAAAUGGGGUUCAGUUCACAUCGACCACCUUAGUGACUCCAACUCCGACUCAGACUAACCCCAGUGGGGAGGAAGAGAGAGAGACCUGGGGAAAGAAAAUUGACUUCCUCCUGUCGGUGAUCGGAUUUGCCGUGGAUCUGGCAAAUGUCUGGAGGUUCCCUUAUCUCUGCUACAAAAAUGGAGGAGGUGCAUUUCUGGUGCCGUACCUGUUUUUCAUGGUGAUAGCAGGCAUGCCUCUCUUUUACAUGGAGCUGGCUCUGGGUCAGUAUAACAGAGAGGGGGCAGCAGGAGUCUGGAAGAUAUGUCCCAUAUUUAAAGGCGUAGGCUUUACAGUGAUCCUCAUCUCCCUCUAUGUUGGUUUCUACUAUAAUGUCAUCAUCUCAUGGGCAAUGUUCUACCUCUUCUCCUCAUUCACUGGCGAGCUACCGUGGGUCCAUUGCAACAACACGUGGAACAGUCCAAACUGCUCUGACUGGGCUGACAAUGGCUCAGUCAGUGACAUUUACAAAGCCACCCCGGCUCAGGAGUAUUUUGAAAGGGCAGUACUCCAUAUUCAGGACAGUAACGGCAUUGAUGACCUGGGUCGUCCACGUUGGCAGCUGACUUCCUGUCUAGCUGUGGUUAUUGUUCUGCUCUACUUCAGUCUCUGGAAGGGAGUCAAGACUUCUGGCAAGGUUGUGUGGAUCACAGCCACCAUGCCCUAUGUGGUCUUGACUGUGCUGCUGCUCCGCGGAGUCACCCUGCCUGGAGCCAUUGAUGGCAUUAAGGCCUACCUCUCCGUGGACUUCCUAAGACUCUGUGACGCCAAGGUCUGGAUUGAGGCAGCAACGCAGAUCUGUUUCUCGCUGGGAGUGGGGUUUGGUGUGCUAAUUGCCUUUUCCAGCUACAACAAAUUCAGCAACAACUGUUACAGGGACGCCAUCAUUACCAGCUCCAUCAACUCUUUAACAAGUUUCUUCUCUGGAUUUGUGGUUUUCUCCUUCCUUGGGUACAUGUCCCAAAAGCACAACGUGGCUCUAGACAAAGUUGCAAGAGACGGCGCUGGAUUAGUGUUUGUCAUUUACCCCGAAGCCAUUGCAACACUACCCGGGUCAUCAAUUUGGGCAGUUAUCUUCUUCAUCAUGCUGUUGACUCUGGGCAUUGACAGUGCAAUGGGUGGCAUGGAAUCGGUGAUCACGGGGCUAAUUGAUGAAUUCAAAUUCCUCCACAAGCACAGAGAGCUGUUCACCCUCUUUAUUGUUGUUGCCACUUUUCUCAUAUCCCUCUUCUGUGUUACAAAUGGAGGGAUGUAUGUGUUUACUCUGCUGGACCACUUUGCAGCAGGAACAUCGAUUCUGUUUGGAGUGCUUAUUGAAGCCAUCGGCAUAGCGUGGUUCUAUGGAGUGGACCGUUUCAGUGAUGACAUUGAGGAGAUGAUUGGCCACCGACCAGGCAGGUACUGGAGGCUGUGCUGGAAGUUCGUCAGUCCCUGCUUCCUCCUGUUCAUGGUUGUGGUGAGCUUUGCCACAUUUAACCCUCCAAACUAUGGCUCCUACAUGUUUCCUGCAUGGGCUAACAUGCUUGGGUGGUGUCUGGCCAUGUCCUCAAUGACCAUGGUGCCUCUCUAUGCCAUCUACAAACUGUGCACACUGCCUGGAAAGUUUUGCGAUAGAUUGGCUUAUGCCAUCACCCCAGAGACAGAGCAUCAUCUGGUAGACAACGGGGAGGUCCGGCAGUUCACUUUGCAUCACUGGUUGGUGGUCUGAGGGCUACAGAGAGAGUGGGAAAGAGAGAGAGAGAGUGCGAGAGAGAGGAUGACUGCAUGGACACUGAGUGAAUGCAUGCACAGUAAAUGUCCAAGGAACAAAGAAGAGGAGAGCAGUUUAUUUUAAAAAAAUGAUAAUGGUGGUGGGAAGUUUAAAAGUGCCAAGAAAAAAAACACACACACACAAUGAAAUCGUAGUGUUCUUUAAUUUUCUGUGAAGCUGUGCAUUGGACAUCUCCACCAUUUAAUUACUGCUAGUGAAUGGGAUUCAGUUAAACAGUUCAUGUGGUGUUCAGCCCGCUCCUUUCCAUAAAUGCAAAAGUCCCUGAAUGCAGCUUGCUAAGUAUCAGUGUGAGAAAUGUUCUUGGAAUUUUUUGCAUUAGCCAUUCCCAAUAACGACCAAUGAAAGCUCCAAGAAAAUGAAUGCAGUAUGUGUUAAUGCGCAUGGAUAUUUGUCAACAUGACAACUGUGGAAGAUGUUGAGGUGCUACACACAACAAUAUCACGAUUUAUUUAUGUUGGUUUGUUUCAUUUUCAGUUAGCUGAUAAAGUUCAAACAGCAUGUGGCCUUUAUUUUCAUUACCUUUAUGUUUUUAUUGUUGUUAUUGUUCUGGGUGAAAAAUCUUCAAAUAUUCAGCGGUUAGAAACAAUUGAAAUGCUGAGCGCUCAAAGUUUUACUGAAUCCCAGUCCAUAUUAUGUUAACGUCUCUAUAUAUCUGUUUGCUGUUUCUGUUAAAAGACUGUUAUGAGGUUAGGAUUCCUGCAGAACAUAUUUCACCAGGUCUUUCCUUUAAUUCCAAUUCCAAUAUUUCAUUAAACUAAAAUGACAUCAGAGUAAAAAUGAGCUUUUACUCUGAGCUCAUUCACGAACAUAAAGGACCGAAAACAUUUCACUUCUCAUCACAACGUUAUUCUUUAAGUUAAAAAUCACAAAAUACGCUGAAGAUGAAACUGUCAUUUAUUACAGCUGCCCUGGAGUCACAUGAGCUCAACACCAGUUCUAAAGUUUAAAAGAACGUACCGAUAGACAAAAAAAAAAGCAUUAGCCACGCUGCUGAUUUAAUCGACCAAAGAGCACAGUGAGUUAAAAUAAUUUCAGAUAUCUCAUCAUCUAAUGAGAAUAUUUUGCCAAGGGACGUACUUUCUUUUAAACUGUACACAGCUCAUCUUAGAAGAUCAUUAACUCUUCACACAUUGUAACAAAUCGUGUCCCCACCCCUUCCUCAAAAGUUUCAGGUUGUGAUUUGGCGACAAUGACUGUCACAUUUCCUCCAGAAAGCAUAAAGCUUUAAUUUCAUAGUUUACACAGUCUUAAUCUGUAUUUCAAGACUGUUUGAAAGCUGCUUUUUAUUGAACUUCAAAUAAAUAGUGUGUAAUGUAACAAACUGAUAUAUCUGUGUAAGUAAAUGUAAUGUAGAGAGCCUUGUAUUGUACUGUAUGAUAUUAAAUAACUAACCACAAACACACAAACACACAUAUAUCCAUGUAAGAUUACAUACAUUUUCUUCCUCUUGCAAACUCUUUCUGUUUAAUCAGAAAACAAGUAAUCCUUCCCAAACAGGUCAAUGAUGACUUGUUAUCACUCCUUAUGGUACAUGUAACACUAUGUCCCAAAUUGUAUGCCUGUGCUGCUGUACUGUGCCUUGUGGUGUUUACAACUGUAUAAUUUUGUUUUGUACUGUCAAAUAAAGUAUAAUUAAUUCAA